CCGUCCCCUGCCUCCAACCGUGAUAUCACAACAAUCCUCAACGCCAAAGCUCCCUUCACGAUACCCCCAAACAUUGCACGCCUUUGCCCUCCCUCUCCGGGUCUAAGCCUAAUCUCCAAUCCUACGACAUUCCCGUUGAAUACCACUGGCGGAAUAGUCAGCUCGCCUCCCCCGCUCGGGAAUGAAGACAACACACUCACGAUAGUUCCCUCGCAUUUGUUCGCAGCGUCUGCCCCGCGUCGCACUCCCAAAACACCCCACGAUACACACUACGAUACACACCACCGGCCAUGGCGACCAGCACUUCCACCGCCAAUCUCUCCACCUACGCCGACUGCGUCACAUCCCUGCGCACCUCGCUCAAAUUCCUCGAAUCCUCCGUUGAGACCCUCGACAAUGGCGUCUCUGACUUCCCCCGCCUUGUCAACGUGCUGAAGUCUGUUCGCCACUACGAACUUAUCCCCCAGCCCACACUCGCCGCCGCAGAGGCUUCACUUCGCGACGACAUCGGCCCCUACAUCGCCCUGCUCCUCUCCCGCGCCGACUCUCAAAUCGAGCGCCAGGAACGCCGCAUCGAGACCUUAAAGGCCCGCGCCGAGCUGCAGCAGGGCCGUCUCGCCCGGUCCGAUGAUGGCGACCCCGAUAUCCACCUCGACAAAAAGCGCCGGCAGCACGGUAGUAACGGACGCCGGCUCACCGCCGAGGAAAGGUUGCGUGCUCGCGCGGUACGGCAGCGCAAGGAGGCCUUGCGGUAUGGCGUUGAGAGGUUAGAGCUCGAGGUGCUACAGAAGGAGAGGGAGCUGAGGAAGCGACUUGAAGGUUGAAGGACCUCGCACGUGCGAUGUGGGACACAACAGAUCCAGGGAUCCCCAAAUCCCUGGGGAUAAUGAUCUACGAUUGAUGAUAUGGGGACCCAACGUACAAAAUGGGCAAUGAUGGGUGUCCAAUCGAGAUAGGAAAGGGGCGGAUCGAGCCGAAUAUGAUCGGCAGUCGAGAUGCAACGGCUGAGCAAAAUGCUCAGUGGAUGCAUGCCGAUCCGUCGUCCGCCAACCCCUUCCGAGUUGGCAUCGGCAUUGUGACUUCCGUCCAGCAAGGGCAUCGUCUGGGACGAUUGGCCGCUCCGGGAAGAGAAGAGAGUCAGGAGUACACCAUGUUUCAAUAGGAAGCUUCAAGCUUUCUUGAGACCGGACACGCGUUCAAGUCUCGAAUGACAAAUUUGAUA